GAGCGGGCUGCGGGGAGCAGCGGGAUCGCCGCGUCCGCAGCCUGCACGGAGAGCCCCUCGGUUGGAAAGCGUGGAGCGCGCUGUGCGGAGCAGCCGGGGGGCGCCGGUGCCGCCGUGCCCGGGGCGGGGCCGCUGCCCAAGCCCGGUGUGGCGGGGGGACCCUGGGCUGGCUCCCGCGCGGUGCUGGUGCUGGUGGUGCCGAGGGCCGCGCCGUCCGUCACAAGUUUUACUGACCAUCGGCGCACGGGUAACGCCGAAAGUCAGGAUAAACGUGGUUGUGUGCCUGCUACUUGCAGAUGCCAACUGAAAAAUGAGCAAAAGCAAACAACUCGAUGAUGAUGAUGACGACGACUACGACGAGCAGUUUGAAGCCUUUUUGGAGAAUUUUAACCAACUUGAACUGCUGGAGACGCACAGGCAUUUGAUUCCGGUGGGAACUCAGAGCUGCUGGUCAGGACAGUCUGAUGAUGACGACGAUGAAGAACAGGAAAGAAGUGAAGAAUGGUAUGAAAUGCAAGAAAAAAAGAUGGAAAAACACCCAGAGAAAUUGCUGCUCUGGGCAGCUGAAAACAAUCGGCUGAGCACGGUGAAGAGGCUCCUUUCUGAAAAGCUGGCUCCAGUCAAUGCUCGUGAUGAAGACCAGUACACCCCCCUCCAUCGAGCUGCCUACAGUGGGCACUUGGACAUUGCCCACGAGCUGGUGGCCCAGGGGGCAGACGUGCAUGCACAGACAGUGGAUGGCUGGACCCCUCUGCACAGCGCCUGCAAGUGGAACAACACCAGCGUGGCUGCCUUCUUGCUUCAGCAGGGUGCAGACAUCAACGCCCAGACAAAUGGGUUGCUGACACCACUGCAUAUUGCUGCAGGAAACAAAAACAGUAGAGAAACCCUGGAACUCUUGCUGAUGAAUCGUUACGUGAACGCAGACCUGAAAAACAACUUGGAUGAAACGGCCCUUGACAUUGCCAGGAGGACUGACGUCUAUCACUACCUUUUUGAAAUAGUAGAGGACUGCAUAAAUGCUGUCUCCCCUUAAAAGUUCUGGUGGAGCUUGUGAAUGUGAGGUUUGCUGCCUCCUGUUGGUGUUCUGCAUGCUCAUCAGUGGUGCUCUGUCCUUUGCAACAAGGUUUUCAUUUAAGAUACUUCAGGGUUCUCCUCAGGCAAAAUGCCACUUCUUGCACUUUAGCUCAGUAGUUUUGCUCAUACCUGAAACGUUGUUGCUACUGGUAUUCGAGGUAUUCAGAAAGUCUCAGCAAUUUCAAUGAGUUUCCAUUUAAUCAGUGAAAAUCUGAAGGGGCUUUUGUAAGUGUCAGAGCAGGAGGGAAAACUGGAACAUUGACUUGAUGUGAAAGAAUUCUGGCUGGGUUAUUCAGACUUUACUACAGUUCACUUGAAAAUCUUUGAGAAAUUUUAACUUUUUUAAAACUGCAUAAAAGCUCAGAAUGAAUGUAACUUAUUUGGGUGAUACACAAAAUGUUUUGUGAUCCUGGUGUAAGGCUUAUUAUAAAAUAAAAUAUUUAACCCAAAGUA